AUGCUCAAUCCUCGUACCUUCUUCGACUUCUCAAUUCAUCAAGGGGAGCCUAGGCGGGUGAUCUUCGAACUCUUCAAAGAUGUCGUACCCAAAACCGUUGAGAACUUCCGUGCAUUGUGUACAGGUGAACGAGGGAUGAGCACACAAAAUCCAGAAACGCCUCUAUGGUUCAAAGAUUCAGUCAUUCAUCGGAUAGUCCCAGGAUUUAUGAUCCAAGGAGGUGAUUUUAUACAACAUAACGGGAAAUCGGGGGAAUCCAUCUAUGGGGGGGAAUUUGAGGACGAGAACUUUGACUUGAAAUGUGACCGUGAAGGGCGAGUGAUCUUUUCCCAUGAAUGCUAUCAGCUACUCGUAAUGGCUAACAAAGGACCCAACACAAACCAGUCACAAUGGUUCAUCACACUCCGCCCGGUAGAGCAUCUCAAUGACAAGCAUGUGGUUUUCGGACGCGUUCAGUCUGGAUUUGAUGUGAUCGAAAGUAUCGCAACAGUGGAAACAGAUCCCAAAAAACAUCGGCCACUUGGGGGCUAUGACGUUGUCAAAAUCGUACACUGUGGUGAGCUCGAACUCAAGAAAAAGAUACAGCAGCCUACAGAAGAGCGAGGGCGCCAGAAAAGUCAGUCAGUGUGA